CUACAGCCCAGGUCAGUAGCCAGACACAACAUAGCAAGACAGACUCCAAAUCAAGUGAGAAGAAAACAGAUAAGAUAUACUAUCAGAAGCAGGUCAGCAUGCUUCAAGUCAUCCUCAAAGCAUGAGAACACAUCAAUGCUUUCCAUUGAUCCACGGUAGGCUAGCAAAACUGUACAUUCUAUUAGAGACUAACAAUCACACCAGAUGAAAAGAUAAUAAUGCUAGAGAUGUACAUUUGAGAAGGCCUAUGCAAGUCUGGCCAGACACAUGACGUAGUGUGAGAUAGUAUCAGUUCCAGUUACAAUCACCUUUCCAGUUGUAACACAGUUACAUGGAGAUGUGUGAUGUCGGUUCUUUCCGAUGAGUUCAGGCUUCUUUAUGAUGAGUUCUUAGUAUCCCAUUGUAACAGGUCGGGGACAGUCAAUGUGGACAAGUGGAGUCAAAGAGAGCUGUCUGAAUGGGACAUCAACAGGAUCAGCAGUGGUGGCGGCAGGAUAUUUUCACUGGGGUAGCUAUGGGGUAGCUUGUUCACUGCAUAGGGGUGGAUUACAUGCACACACGCAAUCACGUCCGUGAGGUGAGGGAGAACGAUGUCGACCUCGAUCACCAAAUAUCUUUGAAUAUACAUAUGUACUCAACAUGUCAUUGAAAAUCAUGUUAGGGUUUGCAAGAAACCAACGGUUAACUCCCAAACAACAGCCCUCCAUUACUCCAAUGCCAAUUAGCUUGGGUUCAAUAGUUUACAGCUAGUAGCCUACUGUUAUAGCUAUAGGAAACAACACAGCUAUCUGCAAAUCUUUAGCUACUAGCUAAUAUUUACAACUUUGCAAAAAGUCAAGUGCAACAAUUUUGAAACAAUAGGAAUCGGGUCAUAAAACAGAUCAAUGGUCAGAUACACACACAUCCUGAUUUAAACUAAUUUAGCUAGUGAUUUAAAAGACCUGACUCUGGAUCAGAGGAUAGCUACAGGCAAAUUUUACAUAGUUCAAAGACAUAUCAGUUAGAUGGAUUUUUCAACCACUCAAAUUCAAGACAUUCUGUCAGAGCCAAUGAGGAGGCACGGUGUUAUGUAGGCUGGACCCUGAGCAGUCAGAGCUCGUUUGUGAGAACAGGAUUUUGAGAGACAGAAAAAUGUAGACUCAUUAUAUAUAUUGAAAUUAAAACAUUAUUAAUUUCUUUCUUGGGGGUGCUAGGCCUAUUUUUGACGGCACUUCAGCACCGUCUUGCCCCGGCCCAAAGCCACCACUGAGGAUCAGGAAUUCCCAAAUGUCUAAGCCCUUUAGAAUACCAAGCGCAGUAUCACAGAGUGUCAAUGUCUCACGGGUAAACACUGCUAGGACCCAACACCUACAUGAUUUUAAGACCGACACACUGCAGGACAGCCGGAGUCAGCUCAGAGCUGAUACCAGCCUAAAGAGCAUUGAUCUUAAGCAGUACAGGAAAUCAAUCCAUGUGAGGAAUGGUGGUUUGAAGCCUUUGAAACCUGUUGGCCCACAGAGACCAAGUAUAUUCCAGUGUACUGGCAUAACUUCAGACCCUAUGAAGAAUGUGCAAGAGAAAUACCACCAGGGUGACAACACGGCUCCUGUGUUCAGGCGCUUCUAUGAGGUGAUGCUUGAGGAGCCACAGAGAAGACGUCAAGACAGGCAAAGAUCUGCCCACACAUCAGGAACGUUUGAAGGUCACAUGGAUGAUGAACACCUAGAGACUGCAACAUCAGAUUACUGCCUGGAGGUCCCUAGCUGCUCCCCAGGCGCCCUGCAGCUUCAGCUAGAGGGCCUGUGUCUGCAGGGGGAGUGGGGCCAGCUGGGUGGGGGUAAGAGGUAUAGCUCACUACCUACAAGUCACCCAGUAAAAGAGACUUUCUUCAAGAGGAUGGUGUCAAAUGACUCCCAUAAGGACGCAGGGUGUGCAAGUGGCAGGAAAAUAGAGGACACAAGUAAAGAGGACAGUUCGAUGGACACAGCAGACCCUUUCUUCAUUAACAAGUGGGAUCCAGGCCAGCUUAAAGUCACCUUCACACUUAAAGACUCAAAUGAGCAGAUGAUAAAGAGCGUCCUCCAAAAGCCACCCUCUUCCUGAAACUCAGCAAGAAUCGAGUCCAUAUUCUUUAUAGUGGUCACUUGACAUCAGAGGUGAAAAAAGUACCCAAUUGUCAUACUUGAGUAAAAGUAAAGAUACCGUAAUCAAAAGUGACUUAAGCAAAAGUGAAUUUCACCCAGUGAAAUACUACUUGAGUAAAGGUUUAAAAGUAUUGUUUUUAAAUGUACGUAAGUAUCAAAAGUAAAAAUGAUUUCAAAUUCCUUAUAUUAAGCCAUACAGACAGCACCAUUUUUUUACAUUUACGGACAGCCAGGGGCACACUCCAGACAUCAUUUAUAAAUUGACCAUGUGCGUUUAGUGAGUCCGCCAGAUCAGACAGUAGAGAUGACCAGGGGUGUUCUCUUGAUAAAGAGUGUGAAUUUGACCUUUUUCCUGUCCUGCUAAGCACUCAAAAUGUAACGUGUACUGUUGGGUGUCAGGGAAAAUGUAUGGAGUAAAAUGUACAUCACUUUCUUUAGGAAUGUAGUGAAGUAAAAGUUGUCAAAAAUAUAAAUAGUAAAGUACAGAAAAAAAAUACUUCAGUAGUACUUAAAAGUUGUGUAAGUAAAAAUACUUUAACUUUACACUGCUGCUCUACAUUGUGAGGUCUAAGAUUAAAUUAAAAAAGGUCAACAUUCUGUAUGUCUGAUAUUUUAACUCCUGUAUGAGUCAUUGCUGCCCUUGACAACUUCCAUUUUUUUUAUACUAUUUUUGGAAUUCAAGAGACACUAUAAGGUCAAAAGUAUAUGGACACCUGCUUGUCAAACAUCUCAUUCCAAAUGAGUGGGCAUUAAUAUGGAAUUGGUCCCCACUUUGCUCUUAUAAGAGCCUCCACUCUUCUGGGAAGGCUUUCCACUAGAUGUUGGAACAGGGACUUGCUUCCAUUCAGUCACAAGAGCAUUAGUGAGUUCGGGCACUGAUUGUCAUGCUGGGGACUGAAAUGUGACUGAAGGAACACAAACAUAGGCAUAGACACAGGCAUACAAACACAUAACAUACGCACUAUAAACACAAGUACACAUGGAUUUUGUGUUGUAUAUAUGUGGUAGUGGAGUAUGGGCCUGAGGGCACACAGUGUGUUGUGAAUUAUCUAAUGAAAGUAUUGUAAUGUUUUAAAAAAUUGUAUAACUGCCUUCAUUUUGCCGGACCCCAGGAAAAGUUGCUGCUGCCUUUGCAGCAGCUUAUGGGGAUCCAUAAUAAAUAC